UUAUUCGCAAACUCAAACAUCAUCGGACAAGAGCUAAUUAUCACCGAACACCUCUAUUAAAACACCUCUAUCACUUGCAUCAAUUCAGUAUCAUCUCGAGUAAUCCUAAGCUAAACUAGUAGAUAAAGUAGAAGUAUAUGACAUGAACAUGGCUUUGAGCAUAUGUUGCUGCACUUCACUCCACCUCCAUGACAAAGUGAAAUCUAGGAAUCAUUCUGUUUCUGUCAGCACCAACAAAUGCCUUCAAACCGUGAAAAAUCUGGUACACUCAACUGGAAUUCUCUCAAUUGCAACCCCACCUCAUGAAUCUCUUCAAAAGGGCAAUUGGGUCAAGCUCAUUUGUGGUGCCAGCUUUGAGGAUGUUGUUGACAUCAGGAAUCUCUCUCUUGUUUACACACUUGCUGGAGGUACACUACAAUUUGAUUGUAUCGACUGUGCUGCGGAUGCAUCGGUUGUGAGCGCGGUUAAUGAAGGAAUUGAAGCUGCCAUGACCAUAGUUUCGGUUCGCAGGCCUUGGGUUAUGAUCAGUGUCAAUGAUGAUGAGGACCUUCAUUUUCGUAAAGCUGCCUUUGAUCCGUUGGACUGUCCUCUGGAUUGUUCAAGACCAUGUGAGAUGGUUUGUCCUGCCAAUGCAAUAGCAUUACAAAAAGGGGACACAUUGGAGGGAGGAGUAAUUAAUGAACGAUGUUAUGGGUGUGGACGUUGCCUUCCUGUUUGUCCAUAUGAUAAGAUAAAGCCAGUUACGUACUUGAGAGAUGCUGUGACCACUGCAGAACUGAUUAGAAGAUAUGAUGUUGACGCCAUUGAAAUCCACACAAAUGGAAGGCAGACAGCUUCUUUUGAGGAAUUCUGGAAAGGAAUGGGAGAUUCUGUUACCCAUCUGAGAUUAGUUGCAGUAAGCUUACCAGAUGUGGGUGAAGCGACUACAACCGUAAUGAGCACAGUGUUUUCAAUCAUGAGACCAAAUCUAAGUUGCUACAAUCUAUGGCAGUUGGAUGGGCGUCCUAUGAGUGGUGACAUUGGAAGAGGGGCCACGAGGGAAGUGCUCAAUUUUGCUGUGCGCUUAGCAUCUGCAGAGGAUAGACCCCCUGGCUUUCUUCAGUUGGCUGGUGGGACUAAUGCUCACACAGUAAAUGGGUUGAAGAAAAAGGGUCUUUUUCAAACUAAGAGAAAUCCUAAGGUUGAGAUCUUGUCAGGAGCAACAUCCGAUUCCUGUAAUUCUCGGAUUGGUGGCAUAGCAUAUGGUGGCUAUGCUAGGAAGAUUGUUGGAAGGAUAUUGAGUUCCAUGCAAUCAGAACAUGGAAUUGCAUAUAUUGAGAAUCAUCCUACGUAUCUAAGCGAGGCACUUUCAGAAGCCCUUGCUCUUGUUGGACCAGUCAAAUGUUAUGUUCGCCUUGGCAUCCAACAGGAGUAAUUAAGGUCAGAGUUAUGUUUGUGGUUUUCAUCUGCUUUCUGAUAAUCAUAAUGUAAGAAGAACCAAAUUGGAUCUGUUUCUAAAGAUUAUCAUCUAAAAUCCUGGGAUAUAUAAUGGGUUUGAGGAUUUGGAAAGGAAAUUUCUUGUGUUGAAGAUAUGCAGACACAGCAAGUAUCAAAAGUAUGAUCUCUGGAUUUACGCAAUCAAAGGUUCUGUUACUGAAACAGCAUGUAUUGUGAUUUGUGAGAUGUAAGCUAAUCUAGGAAUAAUUGGUCACACUUGAUCCAAAAUCUUAUUCUAUAGGUGAUUGGUCAAUAUAUAGGAUUGAAAUUGAGUGAAAAAGUAUAGCAUAUAGAAUUGUCCAUGUAACAAUUACAAAGACUCUAGCUUAAUAGUUGUGCCGAUCGCAUUGUUAGGGUUUCAUCGUACAACCAUUUGCAUUGUCA